AUGUUAGAUAAGCUGGAGAUCUCCAUGCCUUUUGCUGAAGCAAUCACUCAGAUUCCAUCUUACAAGAAGUUUCUGAAGAAUAUUUUAGGCAAUAAGAAAAAGCCAGAGAAGAGUGCGGUGGUGGAUCUAAGCGAAGGAGCCUUGACUUGUGCAGUUCUUCAACAUAAACUACCUCCUAAGCUGAAAGAUCCAGGUAGUUUUUCAAUCCCUUGCAUCAUUGGUGGAUUUGUAGUUGGUGGUGCUCUGUGUGAUCUGGGUGCUAGUGUUAGUCGUAUGCCAUAUUCUUUAUGUAAGAGACUCAACCUAGGAACACCAAAACCCACCUCCAUGACCUUACAGAUGGCGGAUCGCUCCAUAAAGCGUCCGGUGGGAGUUCUAGAGGAUGUCCCGGUCAUGAUUGAUCAGUACUUUAUACUGGGGAAUUUUGUUGUUAUGGAUAUAGAGGAGGAUGCCAAGGUUCCUAUUAUACUUGGUAGACCUUUUCUGGCUACUGCUGGUGCACUUAUUGAUGUGAGGAGAGGAAAACUUUUGAUGGAGGUGGCAGAGAACAAGAUUGAAUUUGACAUAUUCAAAAUGGUGAAGCACCAGCCCUCAUAUGUUGAUAAGUGUUACUUGAUAGAAGGGCUGGGUGAGGGCACUGCUGAGAUUAGAAAGAUUGAGUUAGGGGAUUUGCAUGUUUCCCCUAUUGAUCCUGGACCCCUUGAACUGUCAAGUGUGCUGAAACAAAAGAAAAAGUUCUCUGGUCCUGGUGGUUUCUACAAAAGAUGGAUGAGGGAGCUGUCUAAGUUCAAAAGGCCACCGGAUCGCGUGGUCCACAAUCCCACCUGA